UCCCAGGAAGCAGGAAUGUCCUUCAGCAGAAGGAACUGGUCCGAUCUCUCCAGCCUGGCCAGGCAGAGGACGCUGGAGGAUGAGGAAGAGCAGCAAAGAGAGCGCCGGCGAAGGCACCGGAACCUGCUGUCGUCCACAUCCACGGAGGAGGAACCUGCCAGCCCUGUCAAAGACACCAGCCCAGCUUCCAGCAGACCUCCAUCCCUGGUGAAGCCGCAGUCUCCGGAGGAUGGGGAGGAGCGAAAGCUCUCAGAGGUGCUGAAGACACAAGAAGGGAGAAGGACGAGGUGCCUCCCACCCGUGUCUGAAAAGCUGAGGCAGGAGAAGGAGCAGAAGGAGGCAGGGGUGGGAGAAAGCUGCCCAGAGAGAGGGCCACAGCCCUGUGGGAGGCAGGAGAGCAGCCGGGCUGUGGAGCGGGCUGAGGAGGCGGCCAAGGGCAGAGGGGAUCCGCCAGGAGACGAGAACCUGGAGCCAGCCUCUGAGAGGAAAGUGGUGGUGAGGGCACGGCUCCAGGACAAAGACCAAGGAGUGUGGACUCCUCGGGGGGAGCAGAGGAAGGAGGCGAAGGAGCCGCCAGAGGUGGGGAGCUGCCGGCUCCGGGAGGUGAAGAUCCUCACCAGGGUGGGAAACCGCAGCACAGAAGAGAAAACCUCGGCGGUGACCUCAUCUCCAGAGCAGCAGCAGCCGUCCAGGAACCCCUCACAGCAGGUAAUCCAGCUGUCCCCUCCCCAAGAUGAGCCUGCAGAAGAGCCAGACCCUUCUCCAACUCACGUCACCUUCAGCAGCUCCAUCCGACGGGCCAGCCCAAGAACCGUCUCCUUUCGGAUCAUCUCCAGAAAGCAGAAAGAGAGCCAAAGCCCUCUCACAAGGAGUGCGAGUCUGAGGAUCCCAGGCAGCAAUAGCACCAUUGGGGAGAAGUUGGAAAAGUACAACUCGGCUGUGCAGCGCUCGGAGGGAGUGAAAUCCUCCGUGUCCGUCCAGAAGAGUCGCCUGCUCUCCUCGGAGGGGGUGGCGAGCAAGCGCAACUUCUUCGAGGGAAGCGCUCCCAGCAAGGCGGAGCCGGCGGCUCUCAGGAAGGACAACCUGAAGAUCCCAGGAUCGGUGACAUCCCGCAUUAAUCUGUGGAUCAGCCGAGCUCAGGAGCCUGCCAAGGAGGAAAGCAGCAAGGAAAUCCGGAGAAUCAACAGCCUGGCAAAGCGAGACAUCUGGAUAAAGCAGCCUGGAGACACCUCUGGAGACACCAAGUUGCAGUAAUACCAGCUGUGGUAUCAGAUUAUCUGGGAAAAACUGGUUUGCUCUGAAGAUCAAAGCCCAGCCCUACCCAACCGUCCAGCAGCCACUGCCACGAGUCCCCUGUGCCAUGUGUGGGUGCGGCCCAGGUCAUGGGGUCUUCUACUUCUGGGAUGGGAAGGAAGAAGCCUGGAAGAGUCUCCCUGUGGCCCCAGCCCCCACUCACUGCCUGUCUGGGGGUGUCCAGGCCUACAGGCUCCCGACAGAUGCUGAAGGCAAACUC